AAAAAAACUAAAGUAAUCCCAUUGAGCGAGGCAGUUGCAUCCAACCCUCUGUUAAAAAAAAGAUACAUCCAACCCGCCACAUAAAAUCUAAUUGUCGCCGUCUUCGAUUCCAAAUUCGAAACUUCUUUGAAAUCUCAAAUCUUUGUCUUUUUCACUUCUCUAACUCUUAAUCGCUCUCAUCCCUUCUUUGUUCUUGCGGUGCCCAUCUCUGUGCACCCACAAACAAUACCCACUUAGGCUUCCCCAAUCUUCACAGUUUCUGAAAAUGGAGGCAAAAAAGCAGCCGCUGAUUAUUACAGACAAAGACCGGAUGAGGAGUUGGUCUAGGUCAGUGAGAUCCCAGGGCAAGACCAUAGCCCUUGUACCCACUAUGGGUUACCUCCACCAAGGUCACAUAUCACUCGUCAAAGAAGCUCACAAACACGCCAAUUUAAUAGUAGUGUCAAUCUAUGUGAAUCCAGGUCAGUUCUCUCCCUCUGAGGAUCUCUCCACAUACCCAUCUGACUUUCAUGGUGAUAUCCUCAAGCUCAUGUCCAUUCCUGAUGGUGUAGAUGUUGUUUUCCAUCCCCAUAAUCUCUAUGACUAUAGAACUGAUAAUAAAAACAAGAAUGACAUUGUUAAUUGUACUGAUAGUAGGGAUGAUUGCAAGAAUUUAAAGGUUGAAGGGGUGGUGUCGUGCGUGGAAGAGAAGGGGACGGGACAUGAGACAUGGGUGAGAGUGGAGAGACUUGAGAAGGGUUUGUGUGGGAACAGUAGGCCGGUGUUCUUUAGAGGGGUUGCUACUAUUGUCACCAAGUUGUUUAAUAUAGUGGAGCCUGACUUUGCUGUGUUUGGGAAGAAGGAUUACCAGCAGUGGAGAAUUAUUCAGCGAAUGGUUCGAGAUCUUGAUUUUUCCAUAAGAAUAAUAGGUUCUGAAGUAAUGCGCGACAGUGAUGGUCUUGCAAUGAGUUCCCGCAAUGUGCACCUUUCUCCUGAAGAGAGGGAAAAGGCCUUGUCUAUGAACAGGUCAUUGUUGAAAGCUAAAUCAUGUGCAGAAAAAGGCCAAAUAAAUUGUAUAGAGCUAAGAGACUUGGUCAUCCAAGCAAUAAAUGAAGCUGGAGGGAAAAUUGAUUAUGCUGAGAUUGUAGACCAGGAAACCUUGGAGGCUGCAGAAGAGAUUAGGAGUUCUGUUGUAUUCUGUGUUGCUGCCUGGUUUGGGAAGGUCAGACUUAUAGAUAAUGUUGAAAUCAACAUAUGAAUGAUUCUUUAUGAUGCAAACUCAAGCCAAGCAGCAUGGAAUUUCUGUUUCUCUUUAAUUGUCCAGUAGUGACUCAAGAAACUAUUACUGGCAGAGUGAGGGCACAUGCUAGAUCUAGUAAAAGAAAAUAGGAGUAAAUUCUUUCUUCUUGGUUGUAUUGAACAUUCAGAUUUAACUCAUGCAACCUGAUGAGCGUGAGCUUAAGAAUUUCCAAUUUUCAUGAUCCUGCCUUUAAGAUCAACUUGUGUUAGAUGAGAUUUAUGUUAACUUGCCAUUGGAUAAGAAAAUUAAGAUUCUUGACUA